GUGAGUCUCUGACCCCCGGUGGCUGCUGGGUAAUAGAGUGUUCCAUAAACAGACUCUGGAUAUAAUAAUAAUGUCUGCUGUCGGCUCGGACCAGAUCCAGAACCGGACCGGAGCCGAACCGGAGCCGCUGGAGGCGGAGAUCCUGCAGCAGACCGUGUUCCUGAUCCUGGACUCUGCUGAAACCCUCAACCUGGUCCGGGUGGAGUCUGGAAUCGUUGCUGACAUCGAGGUUGACAGUUUGAUUCCGUCUGACUGCGACACUUUCUACGAGAUCAAGAGUCAGCCAAUCAGCAUCAGUUCGUCAACAGCAUCAUGUUCAUCUUCACUGCCCUCCAGGGUUUUGAUGCGGCAGGAUCUGAUGCGUCAGCAGGCUCUGGAGGAGGAGCAGAAGGAGGUGCAGCAGCAGCUCCUCCGCUCUACAGACUCGUCCUCCCCCAUCUCUGUCUCUGUGUCCUCCUCCUGCAGACCUCCUGCUCAGGUCCCUGUGGAGGUGCUGAAGGUGCAGACUCACCUGGAGAACCCCACCAGGUAUCACAUCCAGCAGGCUCAGAGGCAGCAGGUCCGUCAGUACCUCGCCACCGCAAAGACGGCCAAUCAGGACGCAGCUGGGCCGUCACCAAGCCCCGCCCCCAAACUAUACACCGCAGACAGCAUCAGAAAAUCACAGAUUGAAGAGACUGUCAUCGAUGACAUCAUCAGCCUGGAGUCGAGUCUAAAUGACGAGUUUCUGACACUGAUUGAAUCCGGACUACAGCUCGCCAACACGAUGCCGGUGUCGGGGAACAUGCUGGACGUGUGCGGCGGCAGCGGGGCGAUGGCCACGCCCACCGUCACCGUUAGCAACAGCUGCCCGGCCGACCUGCAGGCCGUCAAGAGAGAGGUCAACGAGGUGGAGACCAAAGCUUUGAUCAAAGAGAGACAGAAGAAAGACAACCACAACCUCAUCGAGAGGAGGAGGAGGUUCAACAUCAACGACCGGAUCAAAGAACUCGGAGCUCUCAUCCCCAAGUCCAGCGACCCGGAGUCCAGGUGGAACAAAGGAACCAUCCUGAAGGCGUCGGUGGACUACAUCCGCAAACUUCAGAAGGAACAACAGAGAGCCCGAGAGCUGGAGGAGAGACAGAGGAGGCUGGAGAACACCAACCGGAACCUGCUGCUGCGUGUACAGGAGUUGGAGCUUCAGACUCGCCUCCACAGUCUCUCCUCCUCCUCCUCCUCACCUCUGCCCACCUCCUGCUCCUCCUCCUCCUCUCUGGACCCCCAGGCCCUGCUCUCCCCCGCCCUGCCUCACCCGUUCUCCUCCUCCUCCCUGGUGACCCCCUGUCUGGGUCUGGACGCCCUGAGCUUCGUGGACCUGGACGAGCCUCAGGGCGCCACGGCCGUCUUCUCCUCAGACCUGAUGUGUGAGGUGGAGCUGACGGAGCUCCACGGCCUGGGAGACAUCCUGAUGGAGGAGGGGGGGAGGGGCGAGGGCCGACCCGCUUCUGUCCUGUGGAGCCUCAAAGACCAGCAGCAGGAGGAGCAGCUUCAGCAUGGAGGAGGACCUCUGAUGGCUCCUCAGACCGACUCACAGCUGAUUGGCUGAUAACGAGCGCGCUCACAGCUGAUUGGCCGGCAGAGGCUCCAGGUGUCUGCAGGUGAUCAAUAACUCUGAGAAUCUGGUUUAAUGGUUAAACACAAAACACUUCAGUAAAAACUUUUUUACGAUGAAAGACAUUUUAAUUAGUUUAAACUUCUGUUCUCGUUUGUUUUUUAUCUCGUGACAUCACUUCCUGUCUGGAUGAGCUUCUGAUCAAGUGGAGACAAAGUCUAUUUAUUUGAAAUGUUCCUGGAACAACUGUUAGCAUUAGCAUUAGCAUUUGCAUGUUCACCACAAGAUGAUCUGAUUGAUCUGAUUGAUCAGUUUGACCAGCAGGUGGCAGCAGAGGCUCAGCAGUCUGUUCAGGUGUGAACUCACCUGUAGAUGUGAUUCUGUCCAUAAACACAUUGAAUCUAUAAUCACUGUGUGCUGGAAACAAAUGAUUGAGAUGAAUCUGAUCGGGUCGAAUAUUGAUCUGAAGUCUGUGAUCUUCAGAGGAAACGAAUGGACGACAGUCUUUAGAAUUCACCUUUUCAUAGUAGUUAUGUGAAGAACAUUUAUUCUUAUUAGAGAUGAUGUAAUCUAUAACAUGUUAUUAGUUCAGCCUUUUGUAAAACAACUUUUUAUAUCAUGAUAAUUUAAAUGAACAUUUCUCUGACCCCUGACCCCCAGAGGUCCCAGGAGCCCCAGUUUGAGAAACUGCUUUGUUUUUUUUAAAUGUUUACAGAUGCUUGCUGUUAGCUGUAGCUCAGUACGUACAGAUGCUAGCUGUUAGCUGUAGCUCAGUACGUACAGAUGCUAGCUGUUAGCUGUAGCUCAGUACGUACAGAUGCUAGCUGUUAGCUGUAGCUCAGUACGUACAGAUGCUAGCUGUUAGCUGUAGCUCAGUACGUACAGAUGCUAGCUGUUAGCUGUAGCUCAGUACGUACAGAUGCUAGCUGUUAGUUAGAAUCCGGUCAUCAGUCGUCCGUCUUCAUAAAGGGACUUUUGUUUGUCUUCAUGUUUGUUGUUCUUCUGAUUUAUGACAUUUAUGAUUUAUUGUUUUUUGUCUGAAUAUGAUCUGUUUCAAUUCAGCAUCAUGUUUGUUUUUAUAGAUUCAAACUUUUAUAUGGAAAUAAAGU